AUGGAAAACGCGGAAGAAGUAUUUCAAUUUCUCGAGGAGUUUACGAAGCGUAAGCCCAAAACAAUACCACAGGAAUUAAACGAUUAUUUAGUAUAUGUGGCCCGAACCGGGGAUUCAAUAUAUCAGUGGUCGCUUGUUAAAAGUUUAUUCAAGGAAAAGUUGUUGAAUGUAAUCACCGACUUCCACGAAUCGACACCAAGCGUUGAGAUACCCCCGUGUCCUAACGUUGAUCCGUUUAAUUACGAUAUAAUGAAAAAUAGUCUCAUAGAACGGCUUGACACAUUUACUUCAGCACCCUUUACAGUACAAAGAAUAUGUGAACUUCUUACAUGUCCGCGGAAACAAUACAAUCGUGUGGACAAAUUUAUGAGAGCCAUAGAAAAGAAUAUCUUAGUUGUUAGCACAAGAGAACCUGGAUUACAAAGAAACCAUGAACCUGAAAAUGGUGAGCCCAUGGAAGCAAUGGUAAAUGGUUCUGAUAAGAAUUCUGAGUAUAAUGUUGAUGUAGAGAUGGAGGAUAUGUCAUGGAAAGGGACAGGUGAAUCAAAACAAGAACCCGAACCACAGCCAAGCUCUUCUGAUGCUCAUAUUUCAGUAGAUGAUAUAGAGGCAAGAUUGCAAGCUAAGCAAGAUGAAAAAGACAACCAGGAAAGGCAAACAACUGAGUAUGAGUCAGUGACGCCCCCUGAACUUAAUGUUGUUGAGAAUACGGAAACAAUACAGGGAGAGAAAGUUGUUGAAGCUUCAAUGCCUAGUGUUUUGAAAACAAAUGUUAGUGAUAACACUGUUUCUGAAGCAAGUCUUGAUCAAAAAAUUGAUGUAGAGAUGACUGAAGAUUGUACUUCUGAACGCAUACUAGUGAUACCAGACAUUAAGGUAGAUGAUGCAGAAAUGACUGAACAGAAACUACAAAAAGAAGCACUUGAAAAAACUGAAACAGAAAGUAAAGAAAAUAUAGACCCAACUGUGCCAACAAUUACUACAGAUAUUGUAAAAUCUACUGAUGAAAGUAGCUCUGAUGUAAGCACUAAAGAUGAGACUGAACCUAAGAAUAUAUCUGAAGUGUCUUCCUCAAGUGAAGAAAGUUCAUCUUCAAGUGAGAACAAUGAUGGUAAUAGUAACUCUCCCAAGCAAUUGUCAGAGGAUGCAAGGGAGAGGAUGGAGGAACCAGCACCCAAUAUAGAAAAAAAGGAAGAAGAUGACUCCACCUUCUCCACCACUCCAUCUUCUAAGGAAACUGAUGUCAUUACAUCUGAAAAUUAUUCAAUAACGGAUGUUAAUUCUGAAAUACAACCUCAAAUAGAGCCUGUUGCUCAAGAACCCACUCAAAAUCCCGAAGAACAAAAAGAGGAUAUGAAGAAACAAGAACUAGUUGAUGUUCCACUUAAUACAGAAACUCCAGAAGCAUAA